AUGCUCCUCCUCUUCCAGGCCGUCGACUCCUCAAGGCCGUUGUCCACGGAGGAACGACAGCGACCAAGGGCUGAUCCCACGGCCCCUGCUGCUGUCGUCCACCAUGCCGAGCCGCACCACCACCGCGACGCCGCCGAAACCGUAAAUGGACACGUGGCAGUGGAGACGACGGUGGAGGACGACGGAAGCAAGACUGCUACCCAUGCCGAGGAAGGUGGCGCCGCCGCGGCAUUGUCGGCAACGACGACGACAUCCGCGCGCGGCAAGCAACUGCAGGGUGAUGGCGUUGGGUCGAGGAACGCCGGGAGGCCGGCGGCGGCGGUGCAGGUGCUGCUGCGUUCCAGGUUGGCGCGGCGGUUUCUGGCAGCAGGGGUGGUGGAGGGCGCGGACUCGGCUGCCAGGCCGUCGUGCGGCUCCGGCGACGUGCACAACGGCUGUACCCCGAAGCCGGAGCACUGA